AGGGUCCUGAGGGCUUCACUCCCCCCUCUCCGUCCUUCCCGCGCGUGUGCGCGCGAGCACCAAAGGGGAGGGUCGAACGCCUGUCAGUCAGUUAUUGAGGCGCUGCCGGCCGGGAGGGCCGGUAGUGCCUGUCGUCGGCGGGUCCCCCUCCCUAUGGCAGGGCCGCGGAGGCGCUGAGGGCGGGGCGAAGGGUCCGGGCGCGGGGCGGGGCGGGGCGUGUGGGGGCGGGGAGGGAGGGGGGCCAUGAGCGCGGCAGCCUCCGCCGCCGCCGCCGCCGCCUCCUCCUGUACCGGUUCCGAGCCCGGCGCCGGUUUCUUCCUCUUCCCCAGCGGCGACGAGUCUUGCGUGGCCAUGGGGCCCGGCGAGAGCGCGGCCGGCUUCGGGGCGCUGCUGCUGCCGCCGCCGCCUCAGAUGGCCUCCUCAGGGCUUCCCUCCCCGCCCGGUGGCGGCGGCGGCGGCUGCCGGGGUCGCUACCAGCUGCUGCUGUCUGGCCGGGCCUUGGCCGAGCGUUACCGGAGGAUUUACACCGCGGCGGCGCUGAGUGAGCGGGAGCAGGCCGGCCACUUGGGCAGGUGUAAAAAACUGUUAAGUAAGAAGAAAUUAAAAAGGAAACAGAAGACAAAAUUGAAAAUAAAAACAAGAAACAAGGGUGAAAACCUGGAUAGUAUGGUAACCAUACCUGAUAUCAAACUACACAGUAACCCCUCAGCAUUCAACGUCUACUGCAACGUGCGGCAUUGUGUUCUAGAGUGGCAAAAAAGGGUAACUUCUUUAGCUUUGGCUUCCAAAAAUGCUGUGCAGAGUGGCGAUUCAGAUAGUGAUGAAGAGGAGGAGGCUAAAGAGCCCCCUAUCAAGCUUCCAAAGAUCAUUGAAGUUGGAUUAUGUGAAGUCUUUGAGCUUAUCAAAGAGACAAGGUUUUCUCAUCCAUCUCUCUGUCUAAGAAGUCUGCAAGCUCUUCUUAAUGUGCUUCAGGGCCAGCAACCAGAAGGUCUCCAGUCAGAACCUCCUGAAGUUCUCGAGUCUCUGUUCCAGCUUCUUCUAGAAAUAACCGUUCGAAGUACUGGAAUGAGUGACAGCACAGGCCAGUCUUUGACAGCACUUUCAUGCGCCUGCCUCUUCAGUCUGGUAGCUGCAUGGGGUGAAACGGGAAGAACGCUUCAAGCAAUCUCUGCUAUUCUCACCAAUAAUGGAAGCCAUGCUUGUCAGACUAUUCAGGUGCCAACUAUCUUAAAUUCUCUGCAGAGGAGUGUUCAGGCAGUUUUGGUGGGCAAAAUACAAAUUCAAGAUUGGUUUAGCAAUGGAAUUAAGAAAGCAGCCCUAAUGCACAAGUGGUCAUUCAAGGACAUUUCUGUGGAUGAAGAUGACCAGUGUCUCCUUCAGAGCGAUGGUUACUUCCUGUAUUUAUUAUGCAAAGACGGUCUUUACAAAAUUGGUUCAGGAUACAGUGGAACAGUCAGGGGUCAUAUAUACAACUCUACAUCACGCAUCAAAAACAGAAAAGAGAAAAAGUCAUGGUUGGGUUAUGCUCAGGGUUACUUGUUAUAUAGAGAUGUGAACAAUCACAGCAUGACAGCCAUAAGAAUAAAUCCUGAAUCCUUGGAGCAAGAUGGCACAGUAACUUUGCCAGAUUGCCAGACUGAAGGACAGAACAUCCUUUUCACUGAUGGAGAGUAUAUUAAUCAGAUAGCAGCCUCACGAGACGAUGGUUUUGUCGUUCGAAUAUUUGCAACAAGUACAAAACCUGUACUACAGCAAGAACUGCAGCUGAAGCUGGCCAGAAAAUGUUUACAUGCAUGUGGUAUCUCGUUAUUUGAUCUGGAGAAAGACUUGCACAUUAUCAGUACAGGGUUUGAUGAGGAAUCAGCUAUUCUUGGUGCAGGAAGAGAAUUUGCACUAAUGAAAACGGCUAGUGGAAAGAUUUAUUAUACCGGAAAAUACCAGAGCCUUGGAAUCAAACAAGGUGGUCCUUCUGCUGGAAAAUGGGUAGAGUUGCCAAUUACCAAAUCUCCAAAGAUUGUUCAUUUUUCCGUUGGCCAUGAUGGUUCACAUGCUUUGCUUGUUGCGGAGGAUGGAAGUGUAUUUUUCACAGGCUCUGCAAGUAAAGGGGAGGAUGGCGAAUCAACCAAAAGCAGGCGGCAGUGUAAACCGUAUAAGCCAAAAAAAAUAAUCAAAAUGGAAGGAAAGAUUGUGGUAUAUACUUCAUGCAAUAAUGGGAGUAGUUCAGUCAUUUCAAAAGAUGGAGAACUCUACAUGUUUGGAAAGGAUGCUAUUUAUUCUGACAACACAAGUUUAGUAACUGAUUUGAAAGGCCAUUUUGCAACUCAGGUAGCCAUGGGCAAAGCUCACACUUGUGUGCUAAUGAAGAAUGGAGAAGUGUGGACAUUUGGAGUGAAUAACAAAGGACAAUGUGGACGAGACACUGGUUCCAUGAGCCAGGGAGGGAAAGCCUUUGGAGUUGAGAACAUGGCAACAGCAAUGGACGAAGAUUUAGAAGAGGAACUUGAUGACAAAGAUGAGAAGUCUAUGAUGUGUCCACCAGGCAUGCAUAAGUGGAAGCUGGAGCAGUGCAUGGUGUGCACUGUUUGUGGGGACUGCACUGGUUACGGAGCAAGUUGUGUUAGCAGUGGACGUCCUGACAGAGUCCCUGGAGGAAUCUGUGGAUGUGGCUCUGGAGAGUCUGGCUGUGCUGUGUGUGGGUGUUGCAAGGCCUGCGCUAGAGAACUAGACGGCCAGGAGGCAAGGCAGAGAGGAAUCCUGGAUGCUGUGAAAGAGAUGAUACCGCUGGACCUUCUGCUAGCUGUCCCUGUGCCUGGAGUUAAUAUUGAAGAACACCUCCAGUUACGUCAAGAAGAAAAACGACAGCGGGUGAACAGGAGACACAGGUUGGAAGAAGGGAGAGGCCCCCUUGUAUUUCCUGGUCCUAUUUUUAUGAACCACCGAGAACAGGCUCUAGCCAGAGUAAGACCCCAUCCUCCACAGCUAAAGCAUAAACAGGACAAGAGCAAAGAUGGAAGUGGAGAUAGAAGUGAGAAGGAUACCAGCAAAAUCACAACGUAUCCACCUGGGGCUGUCCGCUUUGACUGUGAACUCCGAGCCAUCCAAGUCAGUUGUGGAUUUCACCAUUCAGUUGUCCUGAUGGAGAAUGGUGAUGUUUAUACAUUUGGAUAUGGGCAACAUGGGCAGCUUGGACAUGGAGAUGUGAAUUCCAGGGGAUGCCCUACUCUGGUACAGGCAUUACCUGGACCUAGCACACAAGUUACCGCUGGCAGCAAUCAUACAGCAAUUCUAUUAAUGGAUGGGCAGGUCUUCACAUUUGGAAGUUUCUCUAAAGGGCAGCUCGGCAGACCCAUCUUGGACGUUCCUUACUGGAAUGCAAAACCAGCAUCCAUGCCUAACAUAGGAUCCAAGUAUGGGCGGAAGGCUACAUGGAUUGGAGCAAGUGGUGACCAGACGUUUCUUCGCAUUGAUGAAGCCCUGAUCAACUCUCAUGUGCUUGCUACCUCAGAGAUCUUUGCCAGCAGACAUAUAAUAGGCCUGGUACCUUCUUCUGUAUCUGAGCCUCCUCCGUUUAAAUGUCUGUUGAUCAAUAAAGUUGAUGGAAGUUGUAAGACAUUUAAUGAUUCUGAACAAGAGGACCUUCACGGAUUUGGUGUAUGCUUAGAUCCUGUUUAUGAUGUUGUUUGGAGGUUUCGACCAAAUACAAGAGAGCUGUGGAGUUACAAUGCAGUUGUGGCUGAUUCCAGACUUCCCUCAGCUCCAGACAUGCAGUCACGCUGUAGUAUCCUGAGUCCAGAGCUUGCUCUUCCAACAGGGUCCAAAGCCCUUACAACAAGAUCCCAUGCAGCUUUGCACAUUCUAGGUUGCCUUGAUACGUUGGCUGCUAUGCAAGAUUUAAAAAUGGGUGUUGCAAAUACUGAAGAAGAAACUCAAGCUGUGAUGAAAGUAUAUUCCAAAGAAGACUACAGUAUUGUCAACAGAUUUGAAAGUCAUGGCGGAGGUUGGGGUUAUUCAGCUCACUCAGUUGAAGCCAUUCGCUUCUGUGCUGAUACUGACAUUUUGCUGGGUGGUCUUGGACUCUUUGGAGGUAGAGGUGAAUACACUGCUAAAAUAAAGUUGUUUGAAUUGGGCCCAGAUGGCAGUGAUCAUGAGACAGAUGGCGACCUUCUUGCAGAAACUGAUGUCCUGGCUUAUGAUUGUGCGGCAAGGGAAAAAUAUGCAAUGAUGUUUGAUGAGCCAGUUCUGUUGCAAGCUGGCUGGUGGUAUGUAGCCUGGGCACGAGUAUCUGGCCCCAGCAGUGAUUGUGGAUCUCAUGGACAGGCCUCGAUUACUACAGAUGAUGGUGUUGUGUUUCAGUUUAAGAGUUCCAAGAAAUCCAACAAUGGUACAGAUGUUAACGCAGGGCAGAUUCCACAGUUACUAUACAGGCUGCCGACAAGCGAUGGCAGUGCAUCCAAAGGAAAGCAGCAGACUAGUGAGCCUGUACACAUUUUAAAGCGAUCUUUUGCAAGAACUGUCUCAGUGGAGUGCUUUGAAUCAUUACUGAGCAUUCUCCAUUGGAGCUGGACCACACUGGUGCUGGGGGUAGAAGAACUCCGUGGCUUGAAAGGAUUUCAAUAUACAGCCACCCUUUUGGACUUGGAAAGGCUACGAUUUGUUGGCACUUGUUGCUUAAGGCUACUUCGAGUCUACACAUGUGAGAUAUAUCCAGUUUCAGCUACAGCUAAAGCCGUUGUGGAUGAAACUAGCAAGCUGGCUGACUGCAUCGGGAAGACCAGAACUUUACUCAGAAAAAUUUUGUCUGAGGGAGUUGAUCACUGUAUGAUAAAACUGGACAAUGACCCCCAAGGAUAUCUGACUCAACCUUUGAAUCUUCUGGAAGCUGUUCUUCAGGAGUGCCAUAACACAUUCACAGCCUGUUUCCACUCUUUCUAUCCAACGCCAGCUCUGCAGUGGGCAUGCCUUUGUGACUUGCUGAAUUGUUUAGAUCAGGAUAUCCAGGAAGCAAAUUUUAAGACUUCCAGCAGCAGACUCCUUGCUGCUGUCAUGUCAGCCCUGUGUUAUACCUCUGUGAAACUGACCUCUAUCUUCCCUAUUGCUUAUGAUGGCGAGGUCUUACUGCGUUCCAUGGUGAAACAGGUUAGCACAGAGAAUGACUCUGCACUGGCCCAUCGCUUCCCUCUGCUGGUAGCGCACAUGGAAAAACUUAGCCAGAGUGAGGAAAACAUUUCAGGCAUGACAAGCUUUCGUGAAGUGCUGGAGAAGAUGCUGGUUAUCGUGGUAUUACCAGUGCGGAACAGCCUCAGACGUGAAAACGAGCUUUUUUCUGCACAUUUGGUUUAUAAUACCUGUGGAUUACUUGCAAGUAUUGUGAGUGAACUUACUGCUUCUGCACUGGGAUCUGAGGCUGAUGGGCUUAACUCUCUCCAUUCGGUCAAGUCAAGCCCAAACCGCUUCACUAAAACAAGCCAAGGAAGAAGCUGGAAUACUGGGAAUGGGUCCCCUGAUGCGAUCUGCUUCUCUGUGGAUAAGCCUGGCGUCAUUGUUGUAGGGUUCUCUGUCUAUGGAGGAGGAGGAAUCCAUGAAUAUGAACUGGAAGUGCUUGUUGAUGAUAGUGAUCAUACAGGAGAUUCAACCCACUCUCACAGAUGGACGUCCUUAGAGUUGGUUAAAGGAACGUACACCACGGACGAUUCCCUGAGUGAUAUUGCAGAAAUCAAACUUGACAAAGUGGUGCCACUGAAGGAAAAUGUGAAAUAUGCAGUCCGUUUGAGGAACUAUGGAAGCCGCACAGCCAAUGGAGAUGGAGGAAUGACCACUGUCCAGUGUCCAGAUGGUGUGACGUUUACUUUCAGUACAUGUAGUUUGAGCAGCAAUGGCACAAAUCAAACACGGGGCCAGAUUCCACAGAUUCUCUACUACAGAAGCGAGUAUGAUGGUGACCUACAAUCGCAGCUCUUAAGUAAAGCCAAUGAAGAAGAUAAGAACUGCAGCAGAGCGCUUUCUGUCGUGGGGGCUGUGGUGCGAGCUGCUAAAGACCUUUUGCACAGGGCCCUUGCUGUGGACGCUGAAGACAUUCCAGAACUGCUCAGCUCUUCCAGUCUCUUUUCCAUGCUCCUUCCUCUUAUAAUAGCAUAUAUAGGACCUGUGGCUGCAGCAAUUCCCAAGGUUGCAGUUGAGGUUUUUGGCCUAGUUCAGCAGUUGCUUCCUUCUGUCGCAAUUUUGAACCAGAAAUAUGCCCCUCCUGCCUUCAACCCCAACCAGUCUACAGACAGCACCACAGGAAACCAGCCGGAACAAGGGCUUUCUGCUUGCACUACCUCUAACCACUAUGCCGUCAUUGAAUGUGAACAUCCCUACAAACCAGCUGCUAUUACCCACUACAAGGUGACUUUUCCAGAAUGUGUUAGGUGGAUGACAAUAGAAUUUGACUCGCAGUGUGGAACAGCUCAAUCCGAAGACGUUCUUCGUUUGCUCAUUCCUGCCCGAAUUCUCCAGAACUCAGGAUUUGGACCAAAGCAGAUUGCUGUCCAUGAAAACCUUAACUCAUGGAUAGAACUGAAGAAAUUCUCAGGCUCAUCUGGAUGGCCUACUAUGGUCUUAGUGCUGCCGGGUAAUGAAGCACUUUUCUCGCUUGAAACUGCAUCAGACUAUGUGAAAGACGAGAAAGCUACUUUCUAUGGUUUCAAAUGUUUUGCUAUUGGCUAUGAAUUUAGUCCAGGACCUGAUGAGGGUAUCAUUCAGCUUGAGAAAGAACUUGCCAAUCUCGGAGGAGCCUGUGCUGCAGCACUGAUGAAAAAAGACCUGGCGCUUCCCAUUGCAGGCAAUGAGUUUGAAGAAGAUCUUGAGAUACUUGAAGAGGCCGCUCUGCAGGUUUGUAAGACGCAUUCUGGCAUCCUGGGAAAAGGCUUAGCAUUGUCCCAUUCGCCAACUAUCCUGGAGGCGCUUGAAGGAACUCUCCCACUGCAAGUUCAGAGCAACGAACAGUCUUUUUUGGAGGAUUUUAUUUCCUGUGUCCCAGGAUCAAGUGGCGGACGGCUGGCAAGGUGGCUUCAGCCAGAUUCCUAUGCAGAUCCCCAGAAAACAUCUUUGAUUCUGAACAAAGAUGACAUUCGGUGUGGUUGGCCAACAAUUAUUACCGUGCAGACCAAAGAUCAAUAUGGUGAUGUUGUUCAUGUGCCCAAUAUGAAGGUGGAGGUCAAGGCAAUUCCUGUUUCUCAGAAGAAAACUUCCUUGCAGCAAGAGCAGGCAAAAAAACUCCAGCGGACGCCAGGCAGUCCUGCAGGUGCUGCUACUGCUCCUGCCAGCGCUGAUAUGACAUUUGGAGGACUUCCUUCUCCAAAACUGGAUGCUUCCUAUGAACCAAUGAUAGUCAAAGAAGCUCGUUAUAUAGCUAUUACAAUGAUGAAGGUAUAUGAAAACUAUUCUUUUGAAGAAUUACGCUUUGCUUCACCAACCCCUAAAAGACCAAGUGAAAACAUGUUAAUAAGAGUUAACAAUGAUGGUACUUACUGUGCUAACUGGACCCCGGGAGCUGUUGGUCUCUACACCAUUCAUGUUACAAUUGACGGGAUUGAAAUAGAUGCUGGUCUAGAAGUCAAAGUCAAAGACCCUCCAAAAGGAAUGAUACCCCCAGGAACUCAAUUGGUUAAGCCAAAAACAGAACCUCUACCAAAUAAGGUUCGCAAAUUUGUGGCCAAGGACAGUGCAGGGCUCCGUAUCCGUAGCCACCCUUCCCUUCAGAGUGAGCAGAUAGGCAUAGUAAAAGUCAAUGGAUCCAUUACUUUUAUUGAUGAGAUCCACAAUGAUGAUGGUGUGUGGCUACGGCUGAAUGACGAGACAAUAAGGAAAUAUGUCCCUAAUAUGAAUGGUUACACUGAAGCUUGGUGUCUGUCUUUUAAUCAGCAUCUUGGCAAGAGCCUUCUGGUCCCUGUUGAUAAUAUCUUUAAUGCUAGCCAAGGAGUCAGGGAUUUGGACUUAUUUUCCUGGACUUCCAAACCUUUUCUCCCUCAGGAGUCUAGAUCUAAUGCAGAUGACUUUUUCAAAGACCUAAACUCACACUGCCCUCAGGAAGCGGUAAUGCAGGAGUCAUCAGAUAUGCCGUUCCUUCGUGGUGGGCCUGGAGUGUAUAAGGUAGUGAAGACUGGCCCCUCAGGUCACAACGUCAGAAGCUGUCCCAACCUUAGAGGUAUCCCAAUUGGAAUGUUAGUUCUGGGAAACAAAGUCAAGGCAGUGGGCGAGGUGACUAAUUCUGAAGGGACGUGGGUGCAGAUGGAUAAGAACAGCAUGGUUGAGUUCUGUGAAAGUGAUGAAGGUGAAGCAUGGUCCUUAGCAAGAGACAGAGGAGGAAACCAAUAUCUCCGGCACGAAGAUGAGCAAGUUCUUCUAGAUCAAAAUGGUCAGACUCCUCCACCAAGCCCGUUCUCACUGCAAACGUUCAAUAAGGGGACUGUGUGCAGUAAUGGUCAAGGAUUUGAUUAUGGCCUUGGAAAUAACAAAGGUGACCACCUGGGUGCCACCCUGAAUCCCAUUCAGUCACGGCCUAGUCUCCCAGCUCCUUCCAUCUUUGAUCAAGCUGCAAAACCUCCCUCUUCCUUAGUCCACAGCCCAUUUGUGUUUGGACAGUCCCUUUCCUUCCAGCAACCUCAGCCACAGCUUCCGAAAACUCCCUCCCGCAGCCUUGCUUCUCGUGAGCGCAUUUACAAAAGUAAUGAUGUAGCUGGGCCUGCCUCUGCUAUUUCAUCUCUCUCACACAAACUAAAGGGUGAUAGAAUGAAUUUUACUGCAGCUGCUAGACCCGUUUCUCCAGCAGGGAAAUCAGACAUGGCAUCAAAAUACAGAGCAGAAAGCAGAUCUCUGAAAUCUGAUGGGCGUGUGAGCCACAGUGUUGGAGACCAGAAAAAGCCCAGGAAUAUGGAGGGCUUAUCUGCUAGUGAAUCUCUAAUGCUGAAAUCUGAUACUGGAAAGCUGAGGUCUGACUCUCACAGCAGGUCAUUGUCUCCAAAUCAUAACACUUUGCAAACUUUAAAAACGGAUGGAAGGACGACAUCUAGUUUGAGAGCAGAAUCUCCAGGGCCGGGUACCCGAUCAUCUUCACCCAAGACUCUGUCAGCAGGUAAAUCCUGUACGUCUGGCGCUGGUUCUCGCCGGUCAUCCUCUCCUCAUGAUAAGACUCAGAAACCAUCACCCCCCAUGAAAACCAAAAUCGACCCUCCUCGGGAGAGAUCUAAAUCAGAUUCUUAUACAUUGGACCCAGAUACUCUGCGCAAAAAGAAGGUGCCCCUAACGGAACCAAUAAGGGGAAGGUCCACAUCUCCAAAGCCCAAAAUUAUGUCAAAAGAUGGCAAACCCGUGUCUGAAACAGACAACAGAGCCCCUUCUCCUCAUGUGGUACAAGAAAAUCUUCACAGUGAAGUGGUUGAAGUCUGUACUUCAAGUACCUUAAAGACAAAUAGUGUUACAGACAGCAUCUGUGAAGAUAACUCUGAGUUCAAAAGCGUGGAUGACGGCUCCAAUAAAGUUCAUUUCAGCAUAGGAAAGGCGCCUCUGAAAGAUGAGCAAGAUACACGAGCGUCUCCAAAAGUGAGCCGCAAAUGUGCAACUAGGCACACGAGACCCAAAAAGGAGAAGUCGGUGUGCCUUUUCAAAGGGGAGGGUGCCAGAUCUAUAGAGCCGGCCAAACAAGCCAUGUCACCCUCUGUGGCAGAAUGUGCCCGGGCUGUUUUUGCUUCUUUCCUUUGGCAUGAAGGGAUUGUGCAUGAUGCCAUGGCCUGCUCAUCUUUUUUGAAAUUCAACCCUGAACUCUCUAAGGAGCAUGCGCCAAUUAGAAGUAAUCUGGGCCAGCAGCCCAUAGAAGAAAAAGAAACUAAGUUGAAAAAUAGACAUUCAUUGGAAAUAUCAUCUGCUCUGAAUAUGUUUAACAUAGCCCCUCAUGGGCCUGACAUAUCAAAAAUGGGCAGUAUAAAUAAAAACAAGGUCCUCUCUAUGCUGAAAGAGCCUCCCCUUCAUGAACGGUGUGAGGAUGGAAAAAAUGAAAGUGCCUCUUUUGAAACUUCUAGCCACCACACCAUGAAAUCAAAGUCUCCUCUUCCCUUAACUCUGCAGCACUUGGUAGCCUUUUGGGAAGACAUUUCUCUGGCGACUAUCAAGGCAGCUUCUCAGAACAUGAUUUUUCCAAGCCCUGGGUCCUGCGCAGUGCUGAAGAAGAAAGAAAGUGAUAAAGAUAGCAAAAAGUCCAAAAAGGAAAAGAAGAAAAAAGAAAAAGUGGAAGCCAGGCCAAGGGGGAAUCUCUUUGGUGAAAUGGCUCAGCUUGCGGUGGGGGGACCAGAGAAAGACACCAUCUGUGAGCUGUGUGGAGAAUCCCACCCAUAUCCAGUGACCUAUCACAUGAGACAAGCUCAUCCAGGGUGCGGCCGGUAUGCCGGUGGACAAGGCUAUAACAGCAUUGGACACUUUUGCGGAGGAUGGGCUGGUAAUUGUGGCGACGGCGGGAUUGGAGGAAGCACCUGGUAUCUUGUCUGUGAUCGGUGCAGGGAGAAAUAUCUCCGUGAAAAGCAGGCAGCAGCAAGAGAAAAGGUCAAACAGUCUAGGAGAAAGCCAUUGCAAGUGAAGACGCCUCGUGCCUUGCCGACAAUGGAAGCUCAUCAAGUGAUCAAAGCGAAUGCGCUGUUCCUGCUGGCCUUGAGCAGCGCAGCUGAGCCCAGCAUGUUGUGCUACCACCCUUCCAAGCCAUUCCAGUCCCACCUUCCCAGCGUCAAGGAGGGCAUCUCAGAGGACUUCCCUGUUAAAAUGUCCUGUCUCUAUCUGCAGACUUUAGCCAGGCAUCAUCAUGAAAACUUUGUUGGCUAUCCAGAUGACAACCUCUUUCAGGAUGAGAUGAGAUAUUUGCGCUCAACUUCGGUACCCGCACCUUAUAUAUCAGUUACUCCUGAUGCCAGUCCUAAUGUUUUCGAGGAGCCAGAAAGUAACAUGAAAUCCAUGCCCCCAAGUUUAGAGACUAGCCCCAUCACAGAUACAGAUCUUGCAAAACGCACAGUUUUCCAAAGGUCAUACUCCGUUGUUGCCUCAGAAUAUGACAAGCAGCAUUCCAUUCUUCCUGCACGAGUCAAGGCUGUCCCCAGAAGAAGAGUGAACAGUGGAGAUGCUGAAGUGGGGUCCUCUCUCCUGAGACAUCCAUCUCCUGAACUUUCUCGGUUAAUCUCCGCCCACAGCUCUCUUUCCAAAGGAGAGAGAAAUUUCCAGUGGCCUGUUCUGGCAUUUGUAAUCCAACAUCAUGACUUGGAAGGACUUGAAAUUGCAAUGAAACAAGCUUUAAGAAAAUCAGCAUGCCGGGUUUUUGCUAUGGAGGCUUUUAAUUGGCUUCUCUGUAACGUCAUUCAAACAACAUCUCUCCAUGAUAUUCUGUGGCAUUUUGUGGCUUCUCUGACUCCUGCUCCAGUAGAGCCAGAGGAAGAGGAGGAUGAGGAGAACAAAGCAAAUAAGGAAAAUGCAGAACAGGAAAAGGAUACCAGAGUCUGUGAACAUCCACUAUCUGACAUAGUGAUUGCUGGUGAAGCAGCACAUCCUUUACCCCACACAUUCCACCGAUUGCUCCAGACGAUCUCUGACCUCAUGAUGUCCCUCCCCAGUGGAAGUUCAUUGCAACAGAUGGCUCUGAGAUGCUGGAGCCUCAAAUUCAAGCAGUCAGACCACCAGUUCCUUCACCAGAGCAAUGUCUUUCACCACAUUAACAACAUCCUGUCCAAAUCUGAUGAUGGAGAUAGUGAAGAAAGUUUUAGCAUCAGCGUACAGUCAGGGUUUGAAGUUAUGAGCCAGGAAUCCUGUAUAGUGGUUUGUUUAAAAGACCUGACCAGCAUCGUUGAUAUUAAAACAUCAAGCCGACCUGCCAUGAUCGGCAGCUUGACAGAUGGAUCAACUGAAACCUUCUGGGAAUCAGGAGAUGAAGAUAAAAACAAGACUAAAAAUAUCACGAUUAACUGUGUCAAAGGAAUCAAUGCUCGUUAUGUGUCUGUUCAUGUUGACAACUCACGGGAUCUUGGGAACAAAGUUACUUCAAUGACUUUUUUAACUGGCAAAACAGUAGAAGAUCUUUGCAGAAUAAAACAGGCUGACUUGGAUUCAAGGCACAUUGGCUGGGUAACAAGUGAACUUCCUGGAGGGGAUAAUCACAUCAUCAAAAUUGAAUUGAAAGGACCAGAGAACACCCUGAGAGUUAGGCAAGUGAAAGUGCUGGGAUGGAAGGACGGAGAAAGCAUCAAAAUAGCCGGCCAGAUCUCGGCAAGUGUAGCUCAGCAGAGGAACUGUGAAGCUGAAACCCUGCGAGUCUUCAGACUCAUUACGUCUCAGGUAUUUGGAAAGCUGAUAUCUGGAGAUGCUGAGCCAACCCCAGAACAAGAAGAGAAAGCUUUGCUGUCUUCACCCGAAGGAGAAGAAAAAGUACACAAUGCAACUUCAGAUGCUGAUCUAAAAGAGCACAUGGUUGGAAUCAUAUUCAGCAGAAGUAAACUGACAAAUUUGCAAAAGCAGGUUUGCGCUCAUAUUGUACAGGCUAUCCGAAUGGAAGCAACCCGUGUGCGUGAAGAAUGGGAGCAUGCGAUUUCCAGCAAAGAGAAUGCCAACUCUCAACCCAAUGAUGAAGAUGCCUCCUCUGAUGCCUAUUGUUUCGAGCUGCUGUCUAUGGUGCUGGCACUGAGUGGCUCCAAUGUAGGACGUCAGUAUUUGGCUCAGCAACUAACUUUGCUUCAAGAUCUCUUCUCGCUGCUGCACACUGCUUCUCCCCGGGUGCAGAGGCAGGUCACCUCCUUGCUGAGGCGGGUGCUGCCAGAGGUCACUCCUAGUCGCUUGGCUAGUAUCAUAGGGGUCAAGUCCCUACCCCCAGCAGACAUAAGUGAUAUCAUUCAUUCAACAGAGAAGGGAGAUUGGAACAAGCUGGGGAUCUUGGACAUGUUCUUAGGAUGCAUUGCCAAAGCUCUCACGGUACAGCUCAAGGCCAAAGGAACCACCAUAACCGGUACAGCGGGUACUGCCGCUGGCAAAGGAGUUACUACAGUUACUUUGCCGAUGGUUUUCAACUCCAGCUAUAUUAGGCGAGGUGAAAGCCAUUGGUGGAUGAAGGGCUCAACUCCAACACAGAUUUCAGAGAUCAUUAUCAAGCUCGUUAAAGACAUGGCAGCAGGUCACUUGUCUGAAGCUUGGUCCCGUGUAACAAAAAAUGCUAUUGCUGAAACAAUCAUUGCUUUGACCAAAAUGGAAGAAGAGUACAGGUCUCCUGUGCGGUGCAUUGCAACAACUCGGCUCUGGCUGGCUCUGGCCUCUCUUUGUGUGCUUGACCAGGACCAUGUAGAUAGACUCUCCUCUGGAAGGUGGAUGGGAAAGGAUGGACAGCAAAAACAGAUGCCUAUGUGUGAUAACCAUGAUGAUGGGGAAACCGCUGCUAUUAUCUUGUGUAAUGUCUGUGGGAAUCUGUGUACAGACUGCGAUCGAUUCCUCCACCUGCAUCGACGUACAAAGUCACACCAAAGACAGGUAUUCAAGGAGGAGGAAGAAGCUAUCAAGGUUGACCUUCACGAAGGCUGUGGCAGAACCAAAUUGUUUUGGCUAAUGGCCUUGGCAGAUUCAAAGACCAUGAAGGCAAUGGUGGAGUUCAGAGAACAAACAGGCAAACCCACCACAAGCAGUUCUGAAGCAUGUCGUUUCUGUGGCUGCAGAAGUGGAACAGAGUUAUCAGCAGUAGGCAGUGUCUGUUCUGAUGCCGAUUGUCAGGAAUACGCGAAGAUAGCUUGUAGCAGGACUCACCCUUGUGGCCAUCCCUGCGGAGGCGUCAGGAACGAGGAGCACUGCAUGCCCUGCCUGCAUGGCUGCGACAAGAGCGCCACCACUCUGAAACAAGAUGCCGAUGACAUGUGCAUGAUUUGUUUCACAGAAGCACUUUCAGCUGCACCGGCCAUUCAGUUGGACUGUAGUCAUAUAUUCCACUUGCAAUGCUGCUGCCGUGUACUAGAAAACAAAUGGCUUGGACCACGGAUAACAUUCGGGUUCAUGUUGUGUCCAAUUUGCAAGAACAAAAUUAAUCAUACAGUAUUAAAGGACUUGCUUGAUCCAAUCAAGGAGCUUUAUGAAGAUGUAAAGAGGAAAGCUUUGAUGAGAUUGGAAUACGAGGGGCUGCACAAGAGCGAGGCCAUCACAACCCCGGGUGUUCGAUUUUACAAUGACCCAGCUGGAUAUGCCAUGAACAGAUAUGCUUAUUAUGUCUGUUACAAGUGCAAAAAGGCUUAUUUUGGCGGAGAAGCCCGUUGUGAUGCUGAGGCGGGGCAGGGAGAUGACUACGAUCCCAGAGAGCUCAUUUGUGGGGCGUGCUCUGAUGUUUCCAGGGCUCAGAUGUGUCCUAAACACGGUACAGAUUUUCUAGAGUACAAAUGCCGUUAUUGCUGUUCAGUGGCUGUAUUUUUCUGCUUUGGGACGACACACUUUUGCAACGCUUGCCAUGACGAUUUCCAAAGAAUGACAAGCAUUACUAAAGAAGAACUUCCACACUGUCCUGCAGGUCCCAAAGGCAAGCAACUCGAAGGAACUGAAUGUCCCCUUCAUGUUGUCCAUCCACCCACUGGUGAGGAGUUUGCACUAGGCUGUGGAGUCUGCAGAAACGCCCAUACGUUUUAAUUCGCCAGAAGGAAACAAUGGCUACCUGCCAGUAACUGUCCUCCAAGUUGAAUAUAAAUCACAUCUAGAAUGAGGAGAUGGGACCAUUUCAUAACCCAGGGAAAGGAACAAUUUGCAGCGCAAGAAGGGUGCCAAACAUCACCUACAUCAUCCUUUGCUUUGGGGAGUUGAUAUUUUGACCUGACAUCAAACCUUGUGAGGUGUUUGCAUGUGGCCAUUACGCUCAUCAGCUACAAAAGCAUUGGGUGCUGACAAAUAAAUAAAUUGCUGUCAAAGAAGCAUUCAAAGGCUCCCUGUUUCCAUGGACUCCAAAUGAUGCUGGAUAUCAGAUGAAGAAAAAAAGUUAAUUAUUGUAUACUGACUUUUUUUGUAAUCCUGUACAAUUGUAACUGCAUCACGGGUAGGGAUGGAAAAGAGGAAUAUUCUGGUUUAUUUCUUAGACUGUUAUUAAGAAGAAAGUGUUAGGAAGGCAUAAAUGUAACCAAUAUCACGCUGUAUAUAAAGAUAUCAAUGUUUGUCCUGUAUAAGAAUUACUAAAUUGCAAAACGGCUGUUGCAUUUACACUUCUGGGUUUAUGUUUGAGCCUGAAAUUUUAAUGAAGUGCAAUACUGAGUGUGCCUCAUAUCUCUUGCAGCUGUAAACAUGAUGGAAUGUACAUGUCAAUAAAGCCGCUGUACAUUUUUAUACAGUGAAAGUCUAA